AAUGAAUGAAACUCUAACGGCAGUUGGAAACUUGAAGAAACAAACAGCACAUAGAGGUUCUACGAUGUUAAUCGGAUUGAGGGCAUGGUUGACUUUCAUUUCCGAAUGGUUCACGGCAUGAAGGAAACAAAUGGCCCUUAUUUCUUUGCUUCGUUGCUGCCAACAUUCUGCCGUGAUUCAGCAGAAACCUUCAGAUAUUUGGCUUCUGCUUUGGGUCAAACUGUGCUGAACUAUCACAAUCUGGUUGAACUGAGUAUUAAGAUAAAAGGGAGCGCAUCGAGCAUCGGAGCUUGUCGUAUGGCAGAUGCCUGUGAUGCAGUUCAACGAGCUGCUGAGAGGAGAGAAGAUAAAGAAAGCCUUGUCACUGCAUUGAAUGCUGCAAAACAAGUAUUUGUUGGUGUGCAAGAGAAAAUGAACACUCUGGUUCAGCUGGAAAGGAGGAUUAUCUCUCGUGAAACAGCUGGUCCAUAAAAGUGCAAUGGACACUAUAUCCAGGUGGCAAACCGAUAGUUGCAGCAACUUAUCGGUUUCCAUGUCGACUGUCUGAACCGAAUAUCGGGUUUUAUUUUCAGUUUGUGGUGUCUUUGAUUUCCUUGUCCAACUGUUGUUUGUUCUGAACCGUACAUCGGGUUUUGUUUUCAGUUUGUGGUGUGUCUUCGGCUUCCUUGUCCGAAUAUUGUCUGUUUGAACCGAACAUCGUGGUUCUUUUUCAGUUUGUGGCG